AUGGUUAUAAAUAGUUCAGCUGAUAAAAAUUUCUUUUCCUUGCAGUCUGAGAAUCUUCUAUUUGAGUCACUAAGACUGCUGCAGUUGAUGGAGCUCCCUGUGGAUACCAUCAAAGCCACAAACAUCACCACUUCAGUAAAAUGCUUCUUAAAAGAUACCAGUGAGAGAAUCAGAAAAUUCGCCCAUCUUCUCGUCACGGGCUGGGAGUUUCUUCUGAGUAAAUGGAUGGCCGAUACGCGAGAAAUCUUCGAUUUACAUUGGGCUAGAGAGGAGGAACUUCCGUUUGAUAUCAGUGAUCUGUUGGCUUCACAGACUUUGACAUUUGAUCUCACAAAUUUCUUCAACGGGACGGUUGAUGAAUGGCCCCUUCGCAGAAGAGAACAAAAGAGAACUGGGAAGAACAUUGAAGUAUUGAAAAGAUCCAUUCUCAAGCCUCAGGGGACUUUCAUCACGAGUCACAGAAAAACUCAGUUGAGAACGGUGAAAAACUCCAUCACCAAGCCUCAGGAAAUUGUGAAACCAGCAGGAAAUCCGGCUUCAACAGAACCAGCAAAGUCAGUUCUCCUAAAGAAGAGCACUGACGAACCGAGCCCCAACUUGAAGCCAAUACAAGUCUGUAAAAGGGCUUCACCAAAGAUUUUGCCUCGUGUCACUGGCAAACCUGAGGACCUGACGUAUAAGGAGAAGCUCGAGAUUUCAAAGAGGAAGCUGCGAGAAAACUAUGAGGAUGCUGAAAAUAUAAAAAAGAAGCGCAGGGUCGUGAUGAUAGACCUGAAGAGUCUACCAGUUCAGCAAAAUAGGCAAGAGAAGCAUAAGGGGAAUCGAGGGUGUCAUAUUAAUAAAUUUGCAACAAGGUUGCCGAAACAUAAUUUUGUUUCUUUGGGUUGCUAG